AUGUCGCAGCCGCCUGCCGAGAAGCCCAACACGGGCCCAGACGAGCACGAGAACCUCUCACCCCGCCCGAGUCUGCAGAACCGCACCGAGUCUCACCUGCCCCCGCACGAGCGACAAUCCAUCACCCAAGUGCCCGUCACACCAGGCAUAGGCCCCGACACCUACAAGUCGCAGUCCAGCCAGGGCUCCUCGGGAACCUCGAACCCGCAAUCCUCGACCCCAGGCUAUUUCACCAGCGACCAGCGAGGGCUAGUCAGUUCGCCGGAGCCUGCUGAAGGAUCGGCCGCCGCCACCGCCGCCAACACACUCCCCGACGCCGCCUCUGGCCGUGACCUGCUGCGGCGCAUGAGUCUGCUCAAGAUGGGCGGCCGGCGAGAGUCGCUGACCGAGAUCAGGGAGGUCAAUCCCGACCUCGCGCUCAGCGGAAACAUCAUCUCUGCCACGUUCAACAUCCCGCACUCGCUGACGUACAAGCCGGGCACCGACUGGGACCUCAAACCACGAAAAGGCCAGUCGGCCCUCUUUGAUUCCUUCUCCUACCUUUCAUCCGAGCAGGCGCCCUGGAACCAUACCGUCGUCGCGUGGACCGGCGAGAUCGAAGCCCCGCCCAACGUCCUCUCUCCGCCCGACACCCCUCCCGCGACCACGGCGCAGAUGCCGCCCCCUCUCAACCCGCUCUCCGCUCCCAUCCCCGUCGACGGCUCCACCGCCGCCCCGCGACAGACCUCGAGCGAGGGCUUGUGGAUACCCAAGGAGGACCAGCUGCGCCUCGAGAACCAGCUGUCGCACGAUAAGAAGAUAAAGACUGUUCCCGUGUGGCUGGCCGACGACUCGGAGGGCAGCGACGAGGGCGUCCUCCUGCGCGACCAGGCGCGGUGGCGGCGCUACGCCGAGCACGAGCUCUACACCCUCUUCCACUACCGGCAGCACGAGCCCACCGACGGCCGCAGGGAGCGCAUCCACUGGGCCGACUUCUACCGCAUGAACCAGAAGUUCGCCAAUAAGAUUGUCGAGAUCUACAAGCCCGGCGACAUCGUCGUCGUCCACGACUACUACCUCAUGCUGCUGCCCAGCAUGCUGCGCCAGCGCUCCCCGCACAUCUACAUCUCCUUCUUCCUGCACUCGCCCUUCCCCUCCUCCGAGUUCCUGCGCUGCCUGCCCCGCCGCAAGGAGAUCCUCGAGGGCGUCCUCGGCUCCAACCUCAUCGGCUUCCAGAGCUUCGGCUACGCCCGCCACUUUGCCAGCUGCUGCACGCGCGUGCUGGGCUUCCCCUCGGACCACAAGGGCGUCGACGCCUACGGCGCCCGCGUCGAGAUGGACGUCUUCCCCAUCGGCAUCGACGCGUCCAAGGUCGAGAAGCUGGCCUGGAGCGACUCGGUCAACGAGAAGUACCACGCCCUCAAGAAGAUGUACGAAGGCAAGAAGAUCAUCGUCGGCCGCGACCGCCUCGACAGCAUCCGCGGCGUCGACAAGAAGCUGCUCGCCUUUGAGCGCUUCCUCGAGCGCUACCCGGAGUGGCGCGAGAAGGUGGUGCUGAUCCAGGUGACGAGCCCGACGUCGAUCGAGGAGGAGAAGGACGGCGAGGAGACCAGGAUUGCCAGCAGGGUUAACGAACUUGUUAUGAGCAUCAACGGCAUGUACGGCUCCCUCGGUUACUCGCCGGUGCAGCACUACCCGCAGUAUCUCAGCCAGGACGAGUACUUUGCCCUGCUGCGCUCCGGCGACAUCGGCCUCAUCACGAGCGUGCGCGACGGCAUGAACACGACCAGCCUCGAGUACGUCAUCUGCCAGCGCGAGACGCACGGGCCCCUGAUAAUAUCGGAGUUCAGCGGCACCGCCAGCAGCCUCAAGGAGGCCAUCCACAUCAACCCCUGGGACUUCUCGCACGUCGCCGACGAGAUCAACCGCGCGCUGACCAUGAGCCCCGAGGAGCGCCGGCGCACGCAGCGCAACAUGUACGAGCACGUCACCAACCGCAACGUGCAGAACUGGAUCAGCACCAUGCUGCGCCGCCUCGUGCACGUGCUGGGCUCGCGCAAGAACGUCGUCGCCACGCCGCUGCUCGACCGCGCCGACCUGCUGGCCAAGUACCGCGCCGCCGGCAAGCGCCUCUUCAUGUUUGACUACGACGGCACGCUGACGCCCAUCGUGCGCGAGCCGAGCGCCGCCGUGCCCUCGGAGCGCCUGAUCCACUCGCUCAAAGUGCUGGCGUCGGACCACCGCAACGCCGUGUGGAUCAUCAGCGGGCGCGACCAGGAGUUCCUCGACCAGCACCUGGGCCACAUCACGGAGCUGGGCUUCAGCGCCGAGCACGGCAGCUUCAUGCGCCACCCGGGCCAGACCGAGUGGGAGAACCUGGCCGAGAAGUUCGACAUGGGCUGGCAGGCCGAGGUCAUGGAGGUGUUCCAGAAGUACACGGACCGCGUGCCGGGGUCCUUCAUCGAGCGCAAGCGCUGCGCGCUCACGUGGCACUACCGCCUCGCCGACCCGGAGCAGGGCGCGCACAUGUCGCGCGAGUGCCAGAAGGAGCUCGAGGGCGGCGUCGCGCGCGACUGGGACGUCGACGUCAUGACGGGCAAGGCCAACCUCGAGGUCCGCCCCACCUUCAUCAACAAGGGCGAGAUCGCCAAGCGGCUCGUCCACAGCUACAACGCCGACAUGGCCGAGGUGCCCGGCUCGCCGACGGCGGAGCGCGGCGCCGGCGCCGGCGCCGACCCGUCACAGUCCCAGUCCCCCUCGGGCGAGAGGGUCGGGUUCGUCAUGUGCUCGGGCGACGACUUUACCGACGAGGACAUGUUCCGGGCGCUGCGCGCGCUGACGGCGCCGGCCGACGGGCACGGCGGCGAGGCGGAGCUGCUCGAGGAGCAGACGUACACGGUCACCGUGGGCGCCAGCACCAAGGUCACGCUGGCCAAGUGGCACCUGCUCGAGCCCGAGGACGUGAUCGAGUGCGUGGCGCUGCUGGCGGGCGUGGGCGACGCGGGCGGGGCGCACGUGGGCGAGGUCAAUCUUGCUGCUAUUAGUGCUGUCGAGGGGAAGAUUCCUGAUGUUAUUGAUAGUUGA